UCUGCCAUUAUACUUAUGUAGCGCAUUAGUGCAAUUAGAUUGCUCUGUAUUUGAUCGAUUUUUCUGUGUUUCUGACUGUUUCUGCGAAGGAUUUGAAAACUUAACAUGGCGGUGCAAUACGCUCCUAUGAAGCUACGUGUUCCGCCGGGUUUUCAAAAUUUAUUGGAGGGUUUGGCGAGAGAAGUUUUGCGAGAGCAACCAGAGGACAUCAUCAACUUUGCCGCGCAGUAUUUCAAGAACCAGCUUCUAAUCCGUGAAGAAACUGGCAAAGAUGAUGCAAAGAAAGGUGAUCAAAUGGAAAAGUUGCAGAGAGGAGAAGAAGUUGACCUUGAUAUGAAUGACCCUGAUGUGCAGAAAGCUGCUGUCAAAAUUCAAGCAAGCUUCCGUGGACACAAAGCUCGGGAGGAUGUGAAGAAACACAAAGAUGAAGAGGCUGCUGCUCUCAAAAUUCAAGCAAGUUUCCGUGGGCACAAGGCUCGAGAGCAAGUGAAGGAGAUAAAGGCUUCACAAAGUGAUGUGCAAGUAUCAGUGACUGUAGAUGCUGCUGAAGAUGCCCCAGAAGAGGUUGUCUCUGUAGAGUUACCUGAUCAUGAAGCAAUUGUGGCAGGAGAGGUGGAAGCUGCUGAAGAACCAGAGAGGCAGGAAGAUGCCACUGAGGAGCAAGCUCCAGAUGCACAACCUGAUGACUCAGAAGCAGCAAAAACUGAAGAUGCUGAAGCUGAAACUGAUGUGCAGGAGCCUGUGGAGCAGGAAGGACAACCUGAUGGUGCUAUCACAGCUGAAGGUGCUGAAACACGAGAGGCAGUUGGCAAGGAGGCCACAGAAGUUGUUCAAGCUGAAGAGGCCGUAACAGAAGAAGCCAUUGUUGAUGAGGCUGUCAGCAAAGGUGCUGAUGAAGUUGCAGAUGCAGAUAAAGGAGUUGAUAAGCUAGAGAAAGAAGGAGAGGUAGUUACUGAUGAGCAAGCUAGUGCAGCAGAUGAAGAAAAGGCAGAAGAAAUAGCUCAAGAGGAGGACGCUUUUCUGGCAGAAGUAUCCAAGAAUGAGGGAGCUGUUCAGGAAAAAGUACUUCAAGUGGGCUCUGCUGUCCAGAAACAGCUGAAAGAGGAUGAGAAUAUAUCUGAAGAGGGAGUAACCCAAGGAGAAGUUGUGAUACAGGAAGGGGAAGCCAUGGAACAAAAUACCAUCCAAGGAGAACAAACUCAGGAUCAUGGCACUACCACUGAAGAGGUGAAUCAAGAGACUGACACUGCUCAAGAGAGAGGCACUCAGGAGGAGGUAUCAUCAGUUGAGUUACCAGUAGAAUGCAUCGUAAAGGAGGAGUUAGUUUCACGCGAUGGAAGCAGUACAGCUCCCGAGAAGGUCACUGAAGAAGCUAAUGAGGCUCAGGAGGCAGGGGGAUCCAAGGAAGACAACAGCAGGCAGAAUGAGGAAGCUUGCUGUGAUACUAAAGAGGAGGAAGCUGAAGCAGGCUGUGGUGAUAAAGAGGAGAUAAUUGAGGAAGGUGGUGAUGCAGAGGGGGAGGUAGCUGAGGAAUGUUGUGAUGCCAAGCAGGAGGAAGCUGAGGCAAGCACAGACACUAAAGAGGAGGAAAUUGAGGUACUUAGUGAUGCCAAGGGGGAAGUAGCUGAGCCAGGUAUCAAUUGUGAGCAGGAGGAAGUUAAGGGUGGCAGUGCUACCAAUGAAGAUAUAGUUAAGGGAGCUGAUGAUGCUAAUGAGGAGAUUGCUAAUGAAGGCAGUCCUGCCAAGGCAGAGGUAACUGAGGCAGGAAGUGAUACUAAGAGGGAUGCAGCUGAGACAGGUAGUAUUGGUCAGGAGAAGGAGGCAGAGGUAGUUUGUGAUGCUAGGGAAGAGGAAGCGGAGGGUGGUAAUCUCAUGGCAGAGGCAACUGAGGCAGGUAGCUAUGCCAAGGUGGAGAUAGAUGAGGCAAACAGUGAUGGUAAGGAGGAGAUGGCUGAUGGAGGCAGUCUUACUAAGGUGGAGGAUGCUGAAGCACGCAGUAAGGUUAUGGAGGAGGUAACUGAGGAAGGGAAAAAUUCCAAGGAAGAGGUUGCUGAGGCAAGGGAUAAUGUCAAGCGGGAUGUGACCGAGGCAGGCAAUGAUGGUCAAGAGAGGGAAAUGGAGGCAGGUGUUGAUGGUAAAGAGGAGGCUAUUGAAGGAUUUACUGAUGCCACAGAAGAGGUGGCUGAGGCUGGAAGUGAUUCAAAGGAGGAGAAAGGGGAAGCAGCCAGUGACGCCACAGGCGAAGAAACUAAGGCAGCAAGUGAGGAUGCAGGGGAAUCCACCUAAGCUGAUAUCAGUGAAGAACAAGUGCUGAUGCAAGAAAACGGCAGCAGUAAACAGGAGAGUGCAAAUAAAGGAGAUGGUCAGAUUCCAGUAGAAGGAAUAAUGCAAUCUGAAAGGGAGCUUGAAAGAGCCUCAUUUGAAGAAGGAAGUAAAGGGGCGUCAGGGGAGGGAGGUAAUGAGGUUCCGUCAGAAGUAGAUAAGGGGAGCGCUCUAUCAAAAGAAGGAAAUAAUGGGGCUCCUAAAGAGGGAGAAAAGAAGGCUGCCUCAGGGGCCUCAGGGAAUGGAGAUGAGCAGGUUCCUAUUUAAGAAGAAGAGACAGCGCCAUCGGGAGCAGGAGACAAAGAAGAACCAGCUGCGAAUUAGACCAAAAUGAAAAUCAAAUAAACAACAGAGAGGCAGUGAUAAUUAAAAUCUAUGGUUUCAAACAAAUCAUUAACGAGCAGCGAUUAGCCAUCAAAUCAGUAGCAUGUUACAGGAUGCGCACAGACACAAUGAUGGCUUUGACUAUCUUUCAAGACCAGUUUCUUUUAUUCCACGCCUUAGAAAACUUUCAUUGGCUAAAAAAGUUCAAGGCCGUGAACGUUGUGAUUUGCAGCUUAUAGCAGUGAUUGGACAUGUUCUAUGCGUUCAUUCUCCCGGCGAUCACCUGUGAAAUAAAAUUAA